AUGGCCCUCAACUCCAUAGCCAAGUUUAGCUUCAGCUGGGUGAAUAAUUAUAAUUCAGCAAAAUCCCAUUUGGGUUUUGGCUCUAACAAGCCUAUUUCUGCAGCUUUCGUUGGGAAAUCAGUGAACAGGCCAAGUAAAAGGGCUUACCUUUGUUCAGCUUCUGCCAUGGGCUCUUCUUCAUCUUCUUCACAGAAUCAAGAAAGCUUUCAAGAUUCAGGGAGCAUGAAUUUUAGAUCCGUAAGUGAUGAAGAGUGGAGGAAAAGGCUCACCGAUCAACAGUAUUAUGUUACUCGGCAAAAAGGCACCGAGAGGGCUUUCACUGGAGAAUAUUGGAACACCAAAACCCCUGGGACAUACCAUUGCAUUUGCUGCGACACUCCAUUGUUCGAAUCGUCCAAGAAAUUCGACAGUGGGACCGGAUGGCCCUCUUACUUUCAGCCAAUAGGAAACAACGUGAAGUCCAAGCUGGACAUGUCGAUAAUCUUCAUGCCUCGUCAAGAAAUGGGAGCUUUUGGUGGGGCGGAGGAAAAAGAUUACGUUUUGCUGAGAAAUGUUAAAGUGGAAUUCAAAGGAAAUGAUGUCUGCGGUGGUAUUGAGGGUGAAGAAAAUGAAGUUUUCAGUUUGUGUUUUUGGAUUUACAUUGACAGCUGUGCUUGUUACCCUUCUGUAGUCCUGCUUCAGAACCACACCGAGUUGACAUCUAGUGUACCUUUCCUAUGGUUGGAUGAUAAGAAAAGGAUGAAGCUGUUUCCUUUGCUAUUUCUACAUGAAGAGGCCCCUGGUGCCAGUAUACCAUGGGCCGAAGUUCCGUGUGCCUCAACCGAGUUUGAGUUUCCCGUCAAGAAAUGGGUUCAUGUGGGAUGUGAGGUUUUGAGGGAUCUCGUGAGACUUCAUGUUGAUGGGGAAAAUGUGGACGAGAAGCCUUUGACUUGGUCAAAGAAGGACUCUCAUGAAGAGGCCCUGAAAGGAGUGUCUUUGGCAUACCCUGAUGAAAAUGAGAAUAUAAUCCACGGUUAUGUUCAUGGACUUGAUCUCAUCUUCUCACCAGCUGUAGUCAAAAGCCUUUAUGUUAAGGAUCCUCCAGUGAGACUAUCAUUUGACCAUUCAAGUGCAUCUGAGAUUGAAGAAGACAGUGAUGGUGUGUGGAGCAUUGUUGGAGGCAAGGCGUCUUGCCGGAGGAGCUUUUCUUUAGACGUCACGUUAGUAGACGCGUUUGAUUGUGUUAUUCACAAAGAAUUAGAGGUUGUUGCAUCCCUUUUUUAUGCUGAUACCGAGACCCCCGUUGAGAACAGUUUAGAUGCAGAAUCUCCCCUACUCACGAGCUAUGAUGGGCACGAAUAUGCUUCUCAUGAUAGACCUUGUAAACUAACUAACGGGCGUGCUUCCUUUAAGCUCAAAAUAUCUCAGCUGUCAUCAAAGUGCGAAAACAGGCUUUUCCAGAUUAAAUUCGACACACCAAAAUACGGGAAAUAUCCUUUCCUCGAAACGCUUUCCCCUCCCAUUCGUUGUGUUUCUCGGAGUAAGAAUGUCCGAGCGGCAGCCCCACAGAUGUGUAAGAAGUCAUCAUCCACUAAAAUGAACGGCUGCGAUCCCCAUGUUUUUGUCAAUGGCUCGAUGGAAAUGAUUUCAAAUAUAGUACGUGAAGCCAAACCGAGCCCAUCUUCCAAACGGGUCAAACUAGGAAAUGAGAAUAUACCAUUUGCAAUGUCCAAUGGCUGCUAUAAUAGCUCGCAUGCUUCGGCUAGUUUUGAGAAUAACGCUUAUGGAGCGAAUAUGAUGAGGAUGAGAGCAGUGAACCAAUCGGGACCCGAAAACAACUCUUCUGCUUCGGAUAACAGCGAAGCAACUAAUCUUAACCCGAAAGUCACACUCAGCUUCGCGAGCCCGAUUUCGGACGUGAUAAUUUUCAAGUACUGCUUGGGGGGUCUCGCUGAGAGGUGUCAACUGCUGAAGGAAAUUGCUUUCUCGGCUAGUGAGGAACAACUAGCAAAUUUUGCCGAGCAGGUCUCUUUAUUUUCUGGUUGCUCUCACCAUCGGCAACAAAUAAGAAUCGCAAAGAGAUUGGUCAAUGAGGGGAUUCGUGUUUGGAGUUCAGUACCGGAGAACAAUAAUCAUGUUCUGUGGGAGGAUUUGAUUUUCAGGAUGAAUGAAAGUUUCAUGAGGAUAAGCUACUCUACUCGUUCCUUCACGGAUCAGGACUUUGAGUGCCUUAGGAGGAUAGCCGGCUGCCGAGACUUAGUCUCCCAAGGAGGUUUCGAACGAGUGUGGUCAUGGUUGUACCCUGUUGCUUGUACGUUGUCACAACCGGCAGUUAAUCCACUGUGGAAUUCAGUAUCACCCGUUUGGAUUCAAGGAUUCAUCACAAAGGAAGAAGCCGAAUUUGCACUUCAGGGGCCCGGGAGUCCUCAAGAACCAGGAACAUUUGUUAUCCGAUUUCCCACAUCGAGAAGCUGGCCCCACCCGGAUGCCGGUAGCCUAGUCGUGACUUAUAUCGGUGGGGACCACAAAAUUCGCCAUCGUUUGCUUUCCUUGGAUUUUGUUAACAGUAUUUACUCAAAGGAUUCGACUGUAAGGCCACUACAGGAGUUGCUGCUCCAAGAGACCGAACUCUCGCGGUUGGGACAGAUUAUAAGACGUUCUUCAUAG